GGGGCCGCCGCCGGGCGCUGCGGGCUGAGGGCGGGCAGGGAGCGGAGGAGCCGGAGCCGCCGAGGGCCGGGGCCUUGGACGCGUCCGGAGGAGGAAGAGGGAAGGGGGGAGCCGGCCCCCAGCGGAGCACGCAGCCUGCAUCCGCUCCGGGGAAGGGAAGAGGGAAGCGGAGGGGGGGGGAGCGAGCGAGCGAGCGGGCACCGCCGCCGAGGAGACAAAGAAGCGGAGCCCGCCCGGGCUGGGAGCCUCCUCCCCGCCCCGCUCCGCUCCGCUCCCCGCCGCCCGGGCCGGGCCGAGCCGAGAAUGUGCUCAGCUGAGAUUGAUCACUGGCGUGUGAAAUGACCAAAUUAUAACAAUGGAGAGUUUUCUGAGAUACUUGCGUACGUAACUUUGUUGGAGAGUCCUGCCUUUCACUGCCUGAAUCCUUUUAACAGUGUGCCAAAGAUUGUAAUACGGCUAGAUAACUUCAGCCUGCCUGUGUUGUGAAAAUAACCAUUUUAGAAGCGGAACCUGUGUGGGAGCACCGUCAGCCAGCUGCACUGUUAGUGCUCGCUUUCUUCAUGUUCUCCAUAUCCCCAGGAAUAGUGCGAAUUGACCAUUUUACAAUUGCCGAGAUAAAAUGGAUCGAUCUGGUUUGGAGAGAGAGUUUAUAUUGACGGCAGCGGCAUCCAGCACACGCUUGAUUGCAGUCUCCCCAUGGCUACAUCAGCACAUCGAUCUGGAGGCUAUCUGCCCACUGCAUGCGAGUCAGAAACCAGAGUGCUUUAUGGGAGACGGCGUUCCAGAGCUCAGGCUCUCCUAUGUCUUUAAGGACUCCAUGAAAGAUGACAGAAGAAGUUAUUGUUAUUGCAAAGUGGGAUUACACUGCACAGCAGGACCAAGAACUUGACAUCAAGAAAAAUGAACGUCUUUGGCUAUUAGAUGAUUCGAAGACAUGGUGGAGGGUAAGAAACGCGGCCAACAAAACGGGAUAUGUGCCAUCAAAUUAUGUGGAGCGAAAAAACAGCUUGAAGAAAGGUUCUCUGGUUAAAAAUCUAAAAGACACAUUGGGCUUGGGAAAAACAAAAAGGAAGACGAGCGCGCGAGACGCCUCGCCUACUCCCAGCACAGAUGCGGAGUACCCGUCCAACGGCAGCAGCGGGGACCGCAUCUACGACCUCAACAUUCCUGCCUAUGUCAAGUUCGCCUACGUGGCGGAGAGAGAGGAUGAACUGUCCCUCGUCAAGGGGUCCCGGGUCAUCGUCAUGGAGAAGUGCAGCGAUGGCUGGUGGAGAGGGAGCUACAACGGACAGAUCGGCUGGUUUCCUUCGAACUAUGUGGUAGAGGAAGUUGAGGAGGCCACUGCAGAUUCACCGAGCUUCCUGAGCUUGAGGAAAGGCGCUUCCAUGAGUAACGGCCAGGGCACCAAAGUACUCCACGUUGUUCAGACACUGUAUCCAUUCAGCUCCGUCACAGAAGAAGAGCUCAAUUUUGAAAAAGGGGAAACAAUGGAAGUCAUUGAAAAGCCAGAAAACGACCCAGAAUGGUGGAAAUGUAAAAAUUCCAGAGGGCAAAUUGGUCUUGUUCCUAAAAACUAUGUAGUAAUCGUUAGCGAUGGUCCUACCAUUAACACUUCCCAUCCACCUCAGAUAAGCUACACGGGACCAUCUUCCACCGGACGAUUUGCUGGAAGAGAGUGGUAUUAUGGGAAUGUUACCCGACAUCAAGCAGAAUGUGCCCUAAAUGAGAGGGGAGUGGAAGGAGACUUCCUUGUUAGAGAUAGUGAAUCCUCGCCCAGUGACUUCUCGGUAUCUCUAAAGGCAUCGGGGAAGAACAAACAUUUCAAGGUGCAGCUCGUGGACAAUGUCUAUUGUAUUGGGCAGCGUCGCUUUAAUACUAUGGAUGAGUUGGUGGAACACUACAAAAAGGCUCCCAUCUUCACCAGUGAACACGGGGAAAAGCUAUAUCUUGUGAAAGCACUUCAGUGACGUUGAAGAUGGACUCGGCCGCCCAGGCCUCUUAUAACUUCCAAGCCUUAGGUCCUAAAUUCACUUUUAUAGAGCAGAGCAAUAUCUGAAGCAGGCUUAAAGAGUAGGCUCUUUCCAACGUGUUUGCUCUGUUGGUUGUUAUUUGUCCUUUUUCGUUUGCCUACUUUUGUGUUUCAGUUCUGUUAAUCUCAGAUCACCUCCUUUCAGGUCGAGCCGUUCACUAGGUGGCCGUUGCGAGCGCUCGCUUCCAUGACCGAGUUCUAAACCCCCCUCCUCUGCGUACGUUUACGGAGGUAGCUCGGAUGAGAAGGAGGGGGGUUUGCAAUUCAAAGCAGUGUUAACCUCUUCCGGCGGCUCACGCAGACAGAACUCUUCGUUAAGAGACAUCGGGCACAGCUUGAAUGCACUGAGGCUGCAGCUGAGUGAGUGAGAUACAGUAGACAUGACGGUUGUGGCUGUGAGUUCUGUAGCUAUUUUGCUUCCCGUAUUACAGAAACUCCUAGCUCCUAGAAGCACUCUUUACACUGUACUCUGCUAUUACAUUGCCUCUCUGACUCUUCGCAAAGAGUACACUAAUUAAAGCAUUUUGUAAUAGUACUUCCUAAACUACUAUGGUAAGAUUGUAGUAAAAGAAAACUAUCUAGUGUAUUUUGGUCUGUAAUUGCAAGAAAGAGAAAUUUUAUUUGAAAGUUGAUUACUAGAGAAAGAAUCAUUGAAAUGUAAAGACUGAAUGUUUUGGUAAUCUACAACCAAAUGUGCCAUCCACAUAAUGCUUUUUCCUCUUGCCCUUCUGCUUGUUUGAAUUAAACAAUUAUGUAUUUAAUUCUCAAAGUAAUAUGUAUCUGUAGCUGAUUGUUGACACUAAUACAGAAGAUUAAUAAAAAAUGAUCGUGGGAUGGGUGGGGCGGGCUACCAACACUAUAUAUAUAUUUGCUUUACAGAAAGAAAUCUUCAGGUUUUACAGAGGAUGGUGUGAUUGGUAGGAAGAGACACACAGAAUGUUUAUGAAGAAAAUGCAUUUCUCUCUUUUCUUUACAUUUAAACUCCUUUAUGGUUUAAAUAUACAGUCUUUAGAUGGCACACUCCUGAGAUUGAAGAAGGGGAUCUUAGGAUCUCCAAAUCUUGCAUACUCAGUUUUUUGGAUAUUGUAAUAAAAAAGGUAUUAUGUCA